AUGAAGGCGACCAUUAUCCUAAUUGCCGUCGCUCUGAGCGCCAGCGGCGUCACCGCCGAUUGGUGGGCAGACUUCUCCAACAACCUCUUCACAGACCUAACUCCGCUUAUCUCCUUGUUCGGUGAGCAGCCGACGAAACAAUUACUGGGCGAGAGCCUGACGUAUUUCGACUACUUCAUCUUCGCCAUGGCACCGCUGGGCAUUCUCACCGCCGUUGUAUCGGCUAUCCGCGUUCGCGGAGGCCCAUCUUUGCGAGCCUUUAUCGGCCGCGCUCAGGAGGGCGCUGGAGGCAUCGAAGCCGAGCUCUGCUCGUCGACGAGUCGUGAUAUCUGCGAGCUCUACGAUAGCGGGGGAAUACCUCGGGUGUUUGGCACAGCACGACUACUGGAGCUAGUCCACGAUCCGGCUGCUCCUACCGACGACUUCAUGGAUCACGAGGACCGCGACGCUACGGCUGGCUUGUACACUUUUGCCGACUACUUCAACAAGAAACGGGGUCAUCAGGAGUGGAAAGAGGUCGAACCCUCUUUUGAGAAGGCGGUGCGUCGUCUGAAUACCGCUUUCGGGCGGUGCAAUCGGCCUGAAACCAAAAAGCCCAGUGUCUUUGCGCCGGCUCCGAAUUUGACACUCACGCUAUGGAUGAGGCGCCCAUCGAACCUCGCCAUCUGGAUGGCCGCCCUUACCGGGUUCGUGAUGCAGGCAGGUGUGGUAGUCGUUGCCGCAGUAGUCACAUAUCGCCUCCAACUCAAGGUCGACGAUAAGCCUCCAAAUGAUUAUGGCUUUCUGACCAUGUGCACCGGAACCGCUUUACUAUGUACUGGAAACUUUCUUUGCGCGUUCUUAAUAGGGGAGAUAACAAAGGAGAGGUUGUUCGAAAGAAAGCUCCCCGCUGAGUACGACGACCCUGGGCCGGAUGGCCACGCUCCCUCGACCACCAGAUUGAUUUGGCUUCAGGGUGGCAAUCAGGUCAUUGGCGACCAGACUUUCGAUUGCUUUGCCUACAAUGACGCUCAAAACCCAGCUCAGCAUUACAUAACGUCCUGGAAAGAUUCGUCACAGCGAGACGGUGGGGUUGUGGUUUGGCUGGCUAUCAUUCUCAGCACUAUUGGCUUCGUCGCGCAGUUUGUUGGCCUGAGAAAACUUCACCCUCUAGUGUCCGUCGCCCAGCUCGGCGCUAUGCUGGUCAUGAGCGCUAUUAGGUCGCUGCUUCGUACUCAACGCCUUUUAAGGAAGUUCAACCUUCUCAACGGCGUGUCAGACGUCCUGCAAGGACAUGAGCUUGACUGGCUCGCUCUCCAUCUCGAAAUUGACGAGACCAGCAAGUGUCUGGAUUCGAAGCAUUUCUGGACAAAAAACCGCCUGCUUAUGGGGUCCUUCAUUCGAGAUACCACUGCCCGGGACGAGCUGACCACCAAGAAAUCUACCUUCUGGGUGGCCGGUCGGGCAAUCGAGCGUGGGAGAAUUAUUUUCAUGGAGGGCAAUGAAAAGAUUCCAGUUGGCGAUCCCGUCCGCAUAUUGGGGGCCCGCCAGAUGUAUCAACGGCGUGAAGUUGACUCUUUCUUCAACAAAUGUCCGUUGGUAAUGUCGUCGUCAACCACUUUAGCCUCCAAGAUCCUGGCCUACCGUACGAGGUUGGCCAGGUUAACGAACCCCUCGAGAGUCUUGCACACCCUCAUAUGA